AUGUCUUCUUCAAACUCUCCAUGUGCGGCAUGCAAGUUUUUAAGACGAAAAUGUACACAAGAAUGUGUUUUUGCACCGUAUUUUCCACCGGAUCAGCCUCAAAAAUUUGCUAGCGUGCACAAAGUAUUUGGGGCUAGUAAUGUAGCUAAAUUACUCAACGAGCUCAACACUGUGCAACGAGAAGAUGCUGUGAAUUCACUUGCCUAUGAAGCUGAGGAAAGGCUCCGUGAUCCGGUUUAUGGCUGCGUGGGGCUAAUUUCAAUCCUUCAACAUAGACUGAAGCAACUCCAGAGUGAUCUUUAUAGUGCUAAGAAAGAAUUAGCUAAUUAUGUAGGGCCUCAAGCAAUGCUACCCAUGGUGAUGCAGCCACAACAUAUGUGUAAUCCUUCUUCUUCAACUGUGAUGCAACAUAAUGUGAUGCCCAUGAUGGGUAUUCCUUCUGUUGGACAAAUGGGGAUGCGUGCAGAGGCUCAUCAACAUCAACACCAUCAUGUCCAUCCUCAGCAAAUCUAUGAGGCUCAACAAUUGGCUGCUGUGGUGGCUGCAAGAGAGCAAGAGAUGUUAAGGGCAUAUGAGCAACAGCAUCAGACGCAGCAGCAACAGCAAGAAAUUGUGAGAUUUAAUGGUGGAUUUGAGCCAGCUAAUUCAGUUGCUGCUACCGGGUAUAAUCAGAUCAAUCCUGCUGGUGCCGCUGCUAUGUCACCUUCUUUGGCUCUAGGCACUUUUGACAACACUUUCCAGAUUCAACCACAAGGAGAGCCCCAUCCCAAUCAGCUUCAGGCACAGCUUUUGCUUCAGCAACAAUCACAGCCACAGCGACAACAGCAAUCACAACAAAUCCAUCAGCGUCUAAAAGCUGAAAGUGAGGAGGGUAGGAGUGUUGGUCCAUCUUGUUGA